UAUGAUGCUAUAUUUUUUUGUUUUUGUUGGUGCUGUAAAUGUACGAUAUGUACAUUUGAAACUACAAAGUGCUUGUUAAAUGGAUAAGGCUGAUCAUGAAGAAAGUUUUUUGGUCGUCAAUAUGGAAGACAUCUUUAAUUGUGAUUUCUCACUAAACCUUUCCUUUAAGUUUGGGGUCGAUAAUCAGGAAAACAUGUUAACCCUUGAAAACCAAGAACAUAUAUUAACAGUUUUGAGGGAGGAUUGGAAAAGACGACAAAAAUUAUGCACAAUAACACUGAUAUGUUACAUUGUGCACAUGUUAUAUUUAUUGAAAUGUAUGUCUACGAGGGUUGACAAAUCCAUCUCCCAUAAAUUGGUUGGGCGAGAACAAAUUCGAGCUACCUUAAUGCAACAGUUAAGAGAAACUCAUAGGUAUCGUGACAUCCUACGCAUGGGCCCUAAUGCAUUUCUUCAAUUGUGCGAGAAAUUAAGAGCAACAUGUCAAGUGAGAGAUACAAAACAUGUUACAGUAGAGGAGCAAGUUGCUAGGUUCUUGUAUAUAAUAGCUCAUAAUGUGAAAACUAGAACCGUUUCUUUUUUCUACCACCGGUCUGGAGAAACUGUUAGCCGUCACUUCCAUGCUGUGCUACGGGCAAUUAUUUUACUAGAAGAUGAAUUUCUUCGACAACCAUCUGCAUCCAUUAUUUCUCCGGCGAUCCUUCACAAUCAUAGAUUUUAUCCUUAUUUUAAGGAUUGUAUUGGAGCUAUAGAUGAAACACAUUUUCGUGUCAAAGUACCCAUAGGAGAUCAACCCAAAUUUCGAUGGAGAAAAGAUUGGCCGACACAAAUUGUAUUAGCUGCAUGUGAUUUCGAUAUGAAGUUCACUUAUGUAUUAACGGGUUGGGAAGGAACAGCAUCUGACUCAAAAGUUCUUAAGAAUGCAUUAUCGAGGGAUGAUAAUCUUAAACUUCCACGAGGAAAAUUUUGUCUUGGGGAUGCUGGAUUUAUGCUGAAGCAUGGAUUAAUUACCCCAUACCGAGGUGUAAGGUAUCACUUAAAAGAGUAUGCAAGACGUGGCCCAGAAAAUGAAAAGGAAUUAUUUAAUCUUCAUCAUGCUUCAUUGAGAAAUGUUAUCGAAAGGUCAUUUGGAGUUUUGAAGAAAAGAUUUGCAAUAAUCACAAGCGACACUGAACCACAUUAUGACUUUGAAACUAUGACUGAAAUUGUGCUAGCUUGUUGCAUAUUACAUAACUUUUUAAUGGGUGUAGAUCCUGAUCCACAUCUCAUAGCUCAAGUUGAUCGAGAACUACAAGAAAAUAAUCCAGAAGAGGAUGAAAUAGUUCGACAUGAAUAAGAUGAAGACUAUAGGCAGGGAGCCAUGUUAAGGGAUAAAAUAGCUACUCAAAUGUGGGCUGACUAUCAACUAGGGCUCUGAUCACUCAUUUAAAAAAUUUUGCAAAUAAAGUUAUUAGUUGUAUUAUGUGUGCGCUGAGUUGAUAUUAUAACUUUGAUUUGUUAUUAUUGAAUUCAUGUUACCUCUUGAUGUGUUAUUAUAUUCUGUUUAAUGACUUUGGUGUGCAAUUAUUGAAUCAAGUUGUCACAUGUUGUACUUAUGGAGUGUAUUGAAUCUUUAUUUAUUGAAUAACUGAUAAGAUAGUUUACAAAAACUUUGAUUUAAGAUUAUGGAUGUUAUUUCUAUCCACUUGUUUUGUAGAUUGACAAGUGUUAAUGGCAAAGAGAGCAUCAUGCCAAGGUGAGGCUACUAGUCGGGAUACCUUAAGAUGGACCGACGAAAUGGAUACAACCUUCAUUGAUGCUUUGAUUGAAGAAUGUCGCAAAGGAAAUAGAGUGGAUGGCACAUUUACUACAAUGGCAUAUGACAAUGUACUUUCACUUUUGAGAUCUAUCUAUGGUAAUCACCUCUGCAAAGAGAAUUUUAAGAAUAGACUCAAGACUUUAAAAGAUCAUUUUGAAGUUUGUUAUGAUCAUUUUCAUGGGCUUAGUGGAUUUUCUUAGAAUCCAAUUACAAAGAUAUUUGAGGCUG